UUCAGGCACGACGAGUUGAGGAUUCUGGUCAAAAUCUUUUACGAGGUGCUCGUUAACCUUAAGGCUACAGCGCGGUCAGUUGGCGUGGUCAGUGAGUGGCCCCUGAAACAUACCAAUCAGGAAUACUCCUCCGAACGCCCAACUUUCAUGCCAAUAUUGAAACUCGAGGCCCUGAUCAGCUAUUCAAUCAUCUCUGAGUAUCCAAAUGCUGAGCCGCCUCCAGCAGGCAGCUAUGCAGACCUCUCAGCCCUCCACAACUGCCCCGCGUCUCGAACAUGACGCCCCCAAGCUGCGAUCGUCUUGCAAUGGCUGUGGAACAGCCAAAGUCAAAUGCGAUCGUGGUCAACCGCAAUGUACUCGCUGCAAAACGCUGAACUUAUCUUGCGUCUAUGAGAGGUCACGCAAACAUGGGAAGCCUCCACGAAAGAGGCCUGAGUCGACUCUUGGUGGAAACACCGAUCGCGAGAGGGAUAUUCCAACAAUGGCUACUGAUUCUCGAAACGCCAACGAACCCACAGAGGCUAAUUCCACCGACAGAAAUACCGAUAUGCUCUCAACAUUUCAUAGCACUCAGCAUGAACCAAACCGCUUUGAGCUCACCUCUGCCUUUUACCCCUUAAUUCCACAGGACGAAUGGCCUCAGAUUGACGGUUUCGGAGCUAGUCUAGAUAUUUUCGCAGCCUCUACCAUCGAUCCGACGUUCAACUUGAAUAUAAGCUUCGGCAAAGACAAGUCCAACACCCACAGCUGUCCACGAGAAUCAUACGAAAUCUUUCGAGACCUGAUCUGUCCGACCGAAUUUCUACAUGCCCCAGAAUCAAAUUUUGACACAGUGUCAGCCCAGUUCGAUCAAGUGCUUCACUUCAACAGAACUGCCAUCGAACGUCUCACUCGGAUCUUAAAUUGUCCUUGCUCCAAAUCUGGUCAUCGGGCUAUGGUUCAUGCAUCCAGUAUUUCUCGGACACUCAUCUGGUAUCAGCAGGCUGCUGGCUGGCCGUCCACCUUGCCUGUUUCGUCACCCUCUUGUCAUGUCUCUUCAUCACAGUCUCCAUAUUCGCCAUCAAAGACUGCAGCCGACUCCGGUCCACCCUCGCAAGUUCAAGCUACUGGAUUUACAGUGGAGCAUGUUCCUCUUUCUGUUGGAACGUUCAACAUCGAGGACCAAAACAUGCAGACAGCUUUCAGAAACCAAUUGGUUCUGUGCGAGCUCAAAAGAUUGGCCAACUUGAUUGACUUAUUUAGUCGCCAAGAUUCGGGAGAGCCCGCUGCCAUCGGUCUGGCGAGUCUAUCAUCUCACCUGGGGUCAUGGCUCCGGGGUGAGCAUGCAAGGACUGUUAGAGUACUAAGAUCCAGACUUACAGCACUCAACGAGAGCAUGGGAUUUUGAUACGUGCAGAGUUGUUUGGGAUGGAUGUAUAUUAACUACAGAAAACAUUCUAGUAGCUGGCCUCCUGAUGUACCUAGAAUUUGAUAUAAUACAGG